AUGUGCGUGUCCACGAGGGUUGAAUUUAUGUGGCCCUCGUCACACGAUGUCAUCGGACGGGUUGGCAUACAUAAUGUACGGCGUUGUCUAUGCGUUGAUAAGUUGGUGGAAGUGAAGCAGUUAAUGUGCUAAUAUGCAUCCAACACAUGUCACAUGUUUCAAGAGAUGUUGUGCCUUCCAUCAAAUAGUUGAGGGUUUAAUCAAAAUUUGUGUUAAUUAUUAAUAGUAAAAUUCAUCCAAAUAUUUUCAUAUAUGUAACUUUGAUUUUCAUUAAAAUUGUAAUUUUUUUUUUUUUUUUUUUAUUCAUAAAGAACGGCCUGGCCGUAUUGCUUUGUCACCUCUAAAAUUACAUCCAGAUACUUCUUUACCUUUCGCCCAUAGUUACAGCUACCUUAAAGCGACACCCGCAUCCAAGCAAGCCACCCCUAAGCAUUACAUACACGCAGACCUGCAAACGCAACCCUCCUAAAACCAACACGACCACCACUAGAACGCACCAACGCUAGUAGUAGUGCGCACACUCCCGCACCGAAACCCGGAGCCGAUGUUUUACGGCAUCUCGUCAUCUCCGCGCGCGCUGAGAAGCUGCAGUCGCCUUUCAAGCGUUGCGAAUCUGACCGAAAACUGCCCAUCUCUGCUCAGUAGCUCGAUAUCCACCGACCGGAACACGCGUAGUGAGUGUAUUCCGCGAUUUCCAACGCGAACAUUGGCCGACCAAUUGUUCAACCGUUUGGCUGUGAAUUGGCACGUUCGCACGUGUCGUACAGGUGUUGUUGUGUUGCAAAACAUUGGUUCCGGUUGGGCCAAAGCAAACGUAUCUAGUUGUGUAGUGGUGUUCCCAAAAACGGUGUCCAUCAUCCAUUGUUAUCAGUUGCAUCGACUGAACGAGUGGUUACUUCCUGUUGCCGAGCGCACACAUGGAGACGCCCAGUUUUUGGUGAAACAAAGUGAGAGGAAUUCCCAACAGCGAAGAAUGAAAAGUGUUUACUUUCCCGUGCCACCGUGAAGAACAGUUGCGGGUUGCGGCUGUGUGUGCGUGUGUUCAAACGUCAGCGGUCCCCAACGACAGGUUGUAGUGGUUAUGUUUCCUGGAACUACCACCGGAAAUCGGUCAUCUUGGCUCGGUGCUGAACGCGCUCCGUUUUUCAUCAUCAAACCCCAACCCAUCUAAUGCAUGCCCAACAUAAGUAGUUGAAUUGGAGGCAUCCACCAGCAAACGGGGUUUUUCACCACACACCCGUUGACGUCAGUGGCGCGUGAAGUGAAGUGUCGAAAGGUUUCGGCGGCUAGACUAGUGAACGGACUCGGGACCCUGAAGUCGAGAGUCACACCACAAUACCGGUACCGGCGCGUGCCAGCUCGAUCGUCACAGCAGCAGAUUCGUCCCGAACGGCGCGUUUGUGCGUAACGCCAGUAAAAGUGGAUCGAUCCUGCGCCGCAGCGGCUUCCGCGACGGGUUCACCCACUGCUUCCCUGCACAGCUGCACCAAGUUAGUCCGAUGCUCGAGUGCUGCCCCGACGGACGAACCGGACACUGCGAGCGUAGAGUUAGAACACCGCGAACGCCUUCAAGUGGUCCCAGCCGAGCGGUCCACACCUUGCCAGCAGCCUAAGCUUGCCAUCGCACAGCUCGCAUCGCUUGCUUCGAUCAGUACUGCUGCCACCGCCACGCAACAGAUCAUCACCACCACCGUCGUCAACGACGGCAGCCAACAGCAGCACAUCGCAGCAGGCGAAUCCAGCCACCGUCAGCAACACUUACCAACAACCACCGGUGACGAUCGCGGAAGGAGCACCUCAAGCAAUCUUCCCCGGCAGGAGGACGUCCAGGCGCAGCCACCGGAAGUCGCUGGUUCGACAGCACAGCAAGCGCCGAGCGUUAAGCCCACCUCACCCACCCCUUCAACCUCGACGGCAGUAGCGGCUCCGCGCCGAAUAUGCACCUUGAAGGUGAAAAUCUUUCUCAUCAAGCAUCUGUCUAAGUUGGUCGCGUGCAACAAGAAAAUGUUCCUGCCCGUCAAAUCAAACACGUCUCCGGUAGGCAACGGUGAAACGGCAAAUGGUGGCGAGGACGUCACCACUGUAACAUGCAACUCCACGCAAACCCCCAGCGAUCUCAGCCCACCGAAUAUGUCCAACGACGACAUACUGCCGCAGGCCCACCACCAAAACCCCGGCCACUGCAUAGCGUCCUUCUCCGCCAUCAACCGCAUGCGGCAGAAUGCACAGCUUUGUGAUGUUACGCUGGAAGUCGGGGGUGAAACAAUCAAUGCCCACAAAGUCAUACUAGCUUCAGUUUCACCGUACUUCUACGCCAUGUUCAACGAUGACAUGCUCGAGCGGAACUGCGACGUGGUCACGCUGCACGAUAUUGACCCAUCGUCGCUGAAGCAGCUCAUCGAGUACGCGUACAGUGGCGAGAUUACCAUCACCGAGGAUAACGUGCAGGUUCUGCUUCCAGCCUCGAGCCUGCUGCAGAUUCAAUCGGUCCGUGAAGCGUGUUGCAAGUUUCUGCUUCGUCAGCUCCAUCCCUCAAACUGUCUGGGAAUUCGAAGUUUCGCAGAUGCUCACUCGUGCAAGGAACUACACUCCCGAUCCCACCGGUACGCGCUGCAGAACUUCCAGCAGGUCGUCGGCACGGAAGAGUUUUUAUUGCUAGGAUUUAAUGAGGUUCAGGAUCUAAUUUCCAACAGCCAGCUAAACAUAUGCUCGGAGGAGAAAGUGUUCGUGGCCGUGCUGAACUGGAUCAAGCACGAUCUCAGCGAGCGCAAAAAGCACAUAUCCGAACUGAUGUCCCACGUGCGGCUGCCGCUGGUCAGCCGCGAAUUUCUCAUGAACUGCGUCGAAACGGAGGCGCUCGUGCGGGAAGAAUCGCACUGCAAAGAGCUGCUGCUCGAAGCGAUGAAGUACCAUCUGCUGCCGGAACAGCGCAGCUCGCUCGUCAGCCAGCGGACGCUCGAGCGCCGCCCGGAGGGCAUGCGAUCGUACAUCUUUGCCGUCGGCGGUGGCAGCCUAUUUGCCAUCCACAACGAGUGCGAGUGUUACAAUCCGAAGACCAACGCUUGGAUGACCAUAUCACCGAUGAUUUCGCGCCGUUCGCGAGCCGGCGUCACUUCGCUCCGGAAGCUGCUGUACGUGGUCGGCGGGUACGAUGGCGAGAACGAUCUGGCGACGGCCGAAUGCUACAAUCCGCUCACCAACGAAUGGACCAACAUUACGCCGAUGGGCACGAAACGGUCCUGUUUGGGCACGUGCGCGUUCGAUGGGUUGCUGUACGUGUGCGGUGGCUAUGAUGGUGCGUCUUGCUUGAGCAGCGUCGAGCGAUACGAUCCACUGACCGGCGUGUGGACAUCCUGUCCGGCCAUGAGCACCCGGCGGCGGUACUGCCGGGUGGCGGUGCUCGAUAACUGCAUCUAUUCGUUGGGUGGAUUCGAUUCGAGCAAUUACCAGUCAUCGGUCGAACGGUUCGAUCCGCGCGUUGGAAGCUGGUCCUCGGUACCGAGCAUGACGUCUCGGCGAAGUAGCUGCGGAGUUGCGGCACUGGAUGGCUAUCUGUACUGUAUCGGCGGUAGCGAUGGUACGAUGUGCAUGCAAACGGGCGAACGAUUCAAUCUGCGCACGAACGCCUGGGAACCGAUCAGUGCAAUGCACUCCAGAAGAUCGACCCACGAGGUGGUGGAGGCGAACGGGUUCCUGUACGCGCUCGGUGGCAACGAUGGUUCGUCGUCGCUCAACUCGGUCGAACGGUACGAUCCAAAGGUUAACAAGUGGACCAUCGUUACUUCCAUGCUUACCAGACGCAGCUCGAUCGGGGCCUCGGUGCUGGAGUGUUUCAAUCUCGAGCGCGGACUGCUGCAAACUAGCAUUUGACCACUGAACUGUUCCACCACCAGCUCCGGCUCGACUGCGGAUGCCGCCGGUGCGGGGCUAGUCUCCUCGUCCACAGCCGGUGGCACACCACCGAGUCAGUAAGGACCUUCGCUAACGCAUCCACGGCAUAGGCUAAUCGUGUUUCAUCGUGCACAUCGAGACAAGCAUACAGUCAUUAUCUAGAUAAACCAUUAUUAAAACAGCUAGCUAGCCAAAACAGGUUGAUUGGGGCAGUGCUGUGUUCGGUGGGAGGGGACACAGGCAAGGGACGAUAUAAGAUUAUUAGACGAGGAAUGUCGCUUACGUGUUAAGGUGCAUUUAGUUAAGCUAAAUCCGUACUUGAAAGACUAUAGUCACGGUUUCGCCCUCCCCGGUCGAUCCAGGGCAUCCUGAAGCUUUUGGACGCUGAUGCCUCAGAGCUUUUGUGAGGGUUUCCCAAAUAUUUUAGGAUUCGUCCCGAGGUACUUUGACAAUUUGCCAGAUGUGUUUGACUUUACUUACUUGCUUAUCCAGCGCCAUCGUCUGCCAAUCGAUUAACCCGGCCGUUCUGGCGGACGCAUCAACGCCAUCACUACAUCUCAGUUUGGGCCUACCACGCCUUCUCUGUCCGUGUGGACGAUCUAAAAGGACUUAAAGGGUUGGGUCGUCCGGUGUCAAUCUCAUGACGUGACCAGCCCACUGUACCAUCGUACAGCUCGUAGAGGGUUUCGUCCAAGGGUUUUGUCAACAUCUGGGAACUAUCUACCCAUAGUUUAAAGAGGGGUUUCCAAAUAUUUUUUUAAUCCGCUUUAAUUUAUGUUUUAGUCGAAACAUCUGGUUUUUGUUAAUACCAUAUCAGCAAUUUUAGGGCCGAAUCCAGUUUAUGGAACUAUGCUAUAGCAUCCUAAAAUAUUUGGGAAACAGUCGACACCCUUUCGGAACGAAUUCAAACAUAGUUGGGAAAUUGUCAUCAAAAAACUGUGGUACAGAACUACAACUGUGGUUGAGAAAAAGUCGAUCAUCCUCGGGACAGAUCCAAACCAAUGUGGGACGAAUUCAAACAUAGUUGGGAUACCUUGCAAAAAGCCAAUCAAACGUAAGGGAGGAGGGUUGCAGGAAGCGAAAGGAAUUUGCAAUGUGUUCUUAUUGUAACGAUGUGUUUCAUUCUUUAUUUUCUAUGGAUUUUUCGGGUAACAGUAUUGAACCCUUACGCUCGAUGCUCGUUCCAUUUUAGUUGCCUGUAUGUUGUAGCUUGGAAGUAAGCGUAGUGUAUCUAUUUUAAGACAAAAAGCUCCUUGUUAGCUUUUUUUCCGUACACUACACCGCAACCAUUUCGUUUCUCUCCUACCUGUUUGUUAAUUAUUUUUAAGCCUUCGGUAUGUGUGCUGUACGGUCGGUCUAUUGGAUCUGUUUGGAUGCACCCGUUUCCCCCCCCCCCCCCCCCCCCCCCAUCCCAUCAGUUGAUAGCUCGUCUCUCUUCAGUACAACUUUUUCGGCAAUGCGUAACCAUAUACGAAGAAGGAGAAGAAGAAAAAACUCAAUGCAAAACCGACAAAUGCUGCUGCUUUUCUUCAAAAACUUAAAACAAAACACUGUGAUAAACUCUAUUGUUAAGAAUGCAACUGAAAAAAAAAAUGCAUCCCUCUCGGUAUGGCCACCAGUCAGGGGCAGCGAUACAGUGAUCUAACGCCAUGCCCCUUUUUUUGUUUUGCUCUACUCUGAUUUUUAACGUUGUUUUAUGUUAGAAUCUUAUGUUUAUGUGCUUUGCCUUGAUAUGAAAAAAAAAUCAAAGGUUUUUCCUGUCCCAUUACUUCUAUCUAAACCGUAAUUGGGUGUAGUCUUUAGUGAUGAGUUAUGCCGUAGCGAGUGAUAGAUACAACAGCUAGUUGAUGUAGUUUAAAAAAAUAAUCCAAAAUGAGGUCCAAAAUCAAUUCGAAUCGAGUAACAAACAAACCGAACCCCUAACCUAACCCGUACCCUUGGAGAUGGAAAUCGAAACGCUUGUCUUCAUCAACGUCCUCAUGUCCUCGUAAGUAGUGUAGUAGAAAGCUUUUGCCAGCAGUUACAACCCCAUUUGCGCCAUAUAUAACCAUCGGUCACAUUUCCAUCGCCAGGAAACGUAAUCGUAAAUUAGCUUGAGCAGUCGGUAACGGGCUGCAGUACAACGGAACGGACUUAACAGGAACUCCCCCCUUCAGGGAUCGAGCCAUUUACCGAGGCUCGAACAACAAACGAAACACUGCCAUUAUCUGGACCUCUUGUAGCACUGUAGGACCUUGACGUGACGCGUGAGGCAAAACCCCCGUUUUUUCAUCCAUUGGACUACAAACUUAGCCAUCAGUAAAGAAAAUUUAAACCAAAAAAAGAGGACAUUUUUCCAUUGCUGUUGUACCAUCCUUUAUUAAUCUGUAGGAUCUGAAACAUUAGGCAACAAAAUUUAAAAUCACAAGAAAUCAGACGAACGGUGUCUAGAAGGAGCAGGAACAAACCAACUACAAUUACACUUUGCUAAACAUCAACUUGGAAAUAUAGCCAUAAUGCGUGGAAAGGAGUUAAAAAAAAA